CUGCAGCUGAUUUAAUCAUUCCAGACACUCAGAUCCCCUUUGAACCACCAGACAAACAUCAUUACAUCACAGAUAUUUGCAGCUGCAACAGUUUGCAUAAAAGUCAAUGAAAGACUCUGAGAGGCUCAGUCGAUUCCUGGAGUUGGUCUGAAGCUGUUUGAUCAUGAAACUGUGGUUCGAAGCCCAUUUCCUGUUUGCGUUGCUGUCUGUGAGCAGCUCGGCUCUGACGCCUGAAUGUGAGGACUUGGUCAAGCCUUUGCCUCUGAAUGAACACUCUCAGGUGUACGGCAAGUCGAACUUCCUCCUCGGCUACAUCGAUCAUGACAGUUUUAAAACCCUCUUGAAGGCGUACGACAGCUCCUGGAUGAACGUCACGUUUUCACCGUUUCGCAUGACUCAGGGCAACAGGAUAAAUGGAACUUGCUUCGAGUCAGUGGUGAACAUGACGUUGGAAGACAACACUGCAAGAAUUCAAUUGCCUGGCUUAUCUGCAGACUACAAACUGCUGUCAUCCCACGAUGGCUUGAUGCUUCUUAGCGCCAACAUCACCGUGGCAAACUUGCAGAAAGUCCUUGAAUCACUGAAGGUCGAAGCCACAGUUGAUGCUGGGGAGGCCACCAUUCACGGUUUUUACCUUUAUGCCAAUGAAACGACCGUGACGGACUCAGAUCUGGAACAUUUCAAGAAGCAGGCGAACUGCCUUGGGUUCACUGGAGAACCAGACUUCCACUACAAUCCAGAGAAAGAGUUCUGUGAGGAAGGCAAAGGCAACAGGGUGUAGAAACCCCGAUGUGAGAACAAACACUGAAACUGAGGAAAUAAAGAGACAACAAGCAUCUUUACACCUUAAA